AGUUGGCCGGAGGAGUAAAAGACAGCAACACACACACACCCACACACAUACAUACAUACAUACACACAUACAUACACCAGCACCUUACCACUCACACUGACACAACCUCACACACACACACUGUAACAUUUACACUCACACACACAGAGAGACGCUAAGCUGAAGUGACAGAGAAAUUAAACAGCCAUGUAUUUGAACCGUGAGGAAGAGAGCGCUAAAGGCUCUGUGACUCUGUCGGUGUUCCUGGUGUCGCUGGCGGUGACGGUGUGUGCCGUGUGGUUGGUGGCUCUCUGUGGAGUCUGUGGAUGGUGUCAGCGCAAACUGGGGAAGAGGAAUAAGCCAGGCGUGGAGACGGCAGGGACUCCAGACUCUCUUCGUGGUGGCCGCGGGGAGAAGAAAGCCAUCAAGACCAUGGGGAAUAAGCCAGUCAACAGCCCCAAGGGGACAAACGACGUGGACGGCCACUCCUCGGUCUCUGACCUCGCCAACUCACUCACCGGAGACAUGGUCAUGCUGUCUCCGGGGUCCGAGGAGGAUGACCACGAGGGCCCGGUGAAUGAGAAGUUGGGUCGGAUCCAGUUCAGCGUGGGCUACAGCUUCCAGGACUCCACGCUGACCGUCAAGAUCCUGAAGGGCCAGGACCUGCCGGCCAAAGACUUCUCCGGAACCUCCGACCCCUUCGUCAAGAUCUACCUGCUGCCCGACAAGAAGAACAAGCUGGAGACUAAGGUCAAGCACAAGAACCUCAACCCCCACUGGAACGAGACCUUUCUGUUCGAGGGUUUCCCCUAUGAGAAGGUCCGGGAGCGGACUCUGUACCUGCAGGUGCUGGACUACGACCGGUUCAGUCGAAACGACCCGAUCGGAGAGGUGUCCAUCCCGCUCAACAAGGUGGACCUGGGCCACCAGCAGACCAUCUGGAAGGAGCUGAAGCCGUGUAGCGACGGCAGCGCUGGCCGUGGAGAUCUCUUACUCUCCCUCUGCUACAACCCAACUGCCAACACCAUCACCGUCAACAUCAUCAAAGCUCGCAACCUCAAAGCCAUGGACAUUGGAGGAACCUCAGACCCGUAUGUGAAGCUGUGGCUGAUGCACAAGGACAAGCGCGUGGAGAAGAAGAAGACGGUGACCAUUAAGCGCUGCCUGAACCCCGUCUUCAACGAGUCCUUCCCCUUCGAGGUGGCCGCGCACAUGCUGCGGGAGACCACCAUCAUCAUCACCGUCAUGGACAAGGACAAGUUCAGCCGCAACGACGUCAUCGGGAAGAUCUACCUGUCGUGGAAGAGUGGUCCGGCGGAGGUCAAGCACUGGAAGGACAUGAUGAGUCGGCCGCGCACCAACGUGGCCCAGUGGCACGCCCUCAAGGCCUGAACACGCCCCCCUCGCCUCACCUUUGACCCCUCCGCCCUGCCCUGCGACCUCUGACCCCGCGACCUCUGACCCCGCGCCCCACGGCCCCAUCCUUAUGCACAACACUGAGGUGCGCUGGCAGGCUGCGUGACACGGGUACCAAGAGCCAUCUGCCCUGCCAACUUUAGCCCCCAGAGAUUACACAUCUCUCUCUCUCUCUCUCUCUCUCUCUCUCUCUCUCUCU